AUGUCCCCGCGAAGCGUACAAAAAGGGUUGCCACCCCGUCCCUCGUUUGACGGGAAAAAUCCAUCAAGCCUUGAGACGGGACCAGACAGGACCAGACAGGACCAGACACGACCAGACACGACCAGACACGACCAUCAGAAAAGCACCAGCGCCGACGAAAAAGUCGGCCCCCGCACCAUGGCCGCAUACUUGAACCAGCGCAUCGUUCACCCCCACCAUGGCAUCCCCGUGUCGAGAGCGGAAACGCCGGCGCUGGAAAAGGAUGCGAAAUGCGUCGAGCCGAUAUGGAACAAGGCAGCCGAAGGCGUCCCCUUCUUCACGCCCGAGCAGGACCCCGUCGCCGGCACGGCGGUGCUCCCCCAGCCGUCGGGAAAGCCGGUGCCGAAGCUCUUCACGCCGCUCAAGAUACGAGGCGUCGAGAUGCCCAACCGCAUCUGGGUCAGUCCCAUGUGCCAGUACAGCGCUCACGAGGGCUUCCAUACCCCGUGGCACAUUGCUCACUACGGCGGCAUGGCGCAACGAGGGCCUGGCCUGAUGAUGAUCGAGGCCACGGCCGUCCAAGCCAACGGUCGCAUCACUCCCGAGGACUCGGGCAUCUGGCUCGACGCCCAUGUCGACACGCUCAAGAAGCACGUCGACUUUGCCCACAGCCAGGGGGCCCUCAUCGGCAUCCAGCUCGCCCACGCCGGCCGCAAGGCCUCGACCGUCGCUCCCUGGCUCAGCGCCGGCGCCACGGCGACCGAGGAGGUGGGUGGCUGGCCUCAUGAUGUUGUCGGUCCCGCCGAGGAGCCCUUUGCCGACCACUACCCCACGCCCCGCGCCAUGACCCUCGCCGAGAUUGCGCGCUUCAAGGUCGACUUCCUCGCCGCCGUCUCCCGCGCCGUCCGCGCCGGCUUCGACGUCGUCGAGCUCCACUUCGCCCAUGGCUACCUCGUCUCGAGCUUCCUGUCGCCCGCCGUCAACAGGCGGACGGAUCAGUACGGCGGCAGCUUCGAGAAUCGUGUACGGUUGGCCCUCGAGCUCGUCGAGGCGACGCGCGCCGCCAUCCCCGACGACAUGCCCCUCUUCGUGCGCAUCAGCGCGACGGACUGGCUCGACACGAACCCGGCCUGGAACGGCGACAGCUGGACGGCCGAGGAGAGCAUCAAGCUCGCCCGCCUGCUGGCCGUCCGCGGCGUCGACGUCCUCGACGUCUCCUCGGGCGGGAACCACGCGCAGCAAAAGGUCGUCGGCGGUCCGGCCUACCAGGCGCCGUUUGCGAAGCAGAUCAAGGCUGCCGUUGGCGAGGCCAUGCUCGUCAGCACCGUCGGCAGCAUCAAGACGGGCGAGCUGGCCGAGAAGAUCAUCGCCGGUGGCGACGACGAGCACGACACGCCGUUGGACCUCGUCGCCGCCGGCCGCAUGUUUCAGAAGAACCCCGGACUCGUGUGGGCCUGGGCCGACGAGCUGCAUACCGACAUCCACGUCGCCCAUCAGAUAGGAUGGGGCUUUGGUGGCAGGGCGUUGAAGAAGCCCGGCAAAAGCAGCAUCCCGUAG